GCUUGUUGGGUGCCCUACACCACCACCACUCCCAUAAUGGUCGGGUUCCUACAUCUCCCAUAUCGCCAGCAAUGGCCAUUCCCACGUCACCCCUGUUGGGCUCAUCGCCACUGGCUACUACCACCGCAGUAAUGCUUAACGGGGCAAACAUUAGCCACACGCUAGCGGGUACGGGAUCAUCCCUGUCCCUGUCAGCCACGUCAGCGGCAUUACACUCGAACAAUAACAUGUCGACCACCAGUUCCUCAUCGCCCCAAUCGGCCGAUUACUACACCGAAAGCUUACGGCGCCGUAAAGUACAUAAAUGCGAUUUUGACGGAUGCGAAAAGGUCUACACCAAGAGCUCCCACCUAAAGGCCCACAAACGUACCCACACC